GACGGUGACCGGAAGGAGCCAAAGGCGGGGCCUCGGGCGGCGACUGCGAACCCCGCCCUUUCCCCCGCGUGGACCGGCGGGCGCGGGCUGGUGUGUCUGCGCGGCCCCCUGGAGAGUCGUGCCGCCUCGGGGUGCGGUCUCGCCGGCGCGCGGUUGCCUCUAGGCAGUGGGGCGAGGACGCCCGUGCGGGACGGAAAGCUAGAAGAGGGUGUCAGAUGCCUGUUCUGGAGUUGCAGGUGUCUGAACUGCCAGAUGUGUGUGCUGGAAGCUGAGCCCUAGCCCUCAUGAUGCCUUCUCAGCCCUCAUGAUGGAGCAGCAUGCCUUCUCAGCCCUGAGGCUUCUCCAGCACAGUUUCCACACUCUUUCUUCUAGACAGAGUCUCACUGUGUUACCCAAACUGGCCUGGAGCUUGUGAUGCCCCUGCCUCAGCCUCCUCUGCUUGGUCGCAGCUUGUACCAUGAGGCCCAGCUAAGCACACAUACCAGACAUGCAGAGAUGGCUUCCAAGCGCAUCACGCAGGAAACCUUUGAUGCUGCAGUGAAGGAGAAUAUUGAGGAGUUUGAGAUGGGUGCUGAGGAGGCUGUUCGAGAGGCUGUGGAGCAGUUUGAAUCACAAGGGGUUGAUCUGAGUAACAUCGUGAAGACAGCACCCAAAGUGUCCUUGGAUAGCCUCCAGGAGCCCACACAUGAUGUCCUGCAGGCUCUUAAUGAUCUGCAGGAGUCCCUGACUGGGUCUCGGCCCCAGGAGGUGUCGGUCCACCUUGCCCGCUUCUGUGACCAGUGCAGGCAGCAGAAGGCCAGCCGGUACCUGGCAGCCCAGAAGGGGGCCUACCCCAUCCUCCUGGCUGCCUGGCAACUCGCUGCCACAAGCGACCAGGGCCUUUUGCUCCAGGCUCUCAAUGCCUUGGCUGUGCUGACAGACGGCCAGCCUGACCUCCUGGAUGCCCAGGGCCUGCAGCUGCUCGUGGCCACACUGGCACAGAAUGCUGCCAACACUGACCUCACCUGCUGUGGGAUCCGCUGUGUGCGCCAUGCCUGCCUGAAGCAUGAAGAGAACCGGCAGGGCCUGGUGAAAGCCGGGGUGCUGCCCCUGCUAACUGCUGCUAUCACACAGCAUGGCCAGCACGCCGAUGUGGUUAGGGAGGCCUGCUGGGCCUUGCGUGUCAUGACCUUUGAUGAUGACAUCCGAGUGCCCUUUGGCCAUGCCCAUGAGCAUGCCAAGAUGAUUGUUCAGGAGAACAGAGGUCUGAAGGUGCUCAUUGAGGCCGCCAGAGCGUUCCCUGACAACCCGGGAGUCCUGAGUGAACUCUGCAGCACCCUGUCCCGCCUGACUGUGCGAAAUGAGUUCUGCCAGGAGGUCAUUGAUCUUGGAGGCCUUGGCAUCCUUGUGACCCUGCUGGCUGACUGCAGUGACCACCAGGACCUCGUGAAACAAGUGCUCAGCGCCCUGAGAGCCAUUGCAGGCAACGACGACGUGAAGGACGCCAUUGUCCGGGCAGGCGGUACGGAAUCCAUUGUGGCUGCCAUGACCCGACACUUGGCCAGCCCCCAGGUUUGUGAGCAGAGCUGCGCGGCACUCUGUGUUCUCGCCUUACGCAAGCCUGAGAACAGCCGGGUCAUCGUGGAGGCCGGUGGCGCGCUGGCCGCACUGCAGGCCAUGAAAGCCCACCCGCAGGAGGCCGGUGUCCAGAAACAGGCUUGCAUGCUGAUCCGGAACUUGGUGUCCCGCAGCCAGGCCUUCUCCAAGCCCAUCCUAGACCUGGGGGCAGAGGAGCUCAUUUCACAAGCCCGAGCUGCCCACCCGGACUGCGAGGAUGUGGCCAAGGCCGCACUGCGAGACCUGGGCUGCCGCGUGGAGCUUCGAGAACUGUGGACGGGAAAGCGGGGUGACCUGGCACCGUGACCCUAGCUCAGCGAGCCCUGACUCCAGAGCAUGGGAGCUCUGUGCCCUGCACUCUGUCCCCACCCAUGCGACCCAGAGCAGAAGUGUUGAGCAGGUCAGUGGUGGGAAGGGCAGGCGCAGCCCUUGGGGCCUGAGUCCCACAGGCAGCAGUGGUGACCCAGUGGCCCACCCCUUCCAAUGCCCUUUCCCGCCCACUUUUUCUUGGCAGUUCUAGGGCAAAGGGCGUGUGGAGCUGCAGCACUAUGUUGGAGUUUGGGGCUCCUGUAAGCCAAUGUCCCGACAGGGCCGGCCACUGGGCUGCAGUCCAGGCACCACUAAGCUGUCGGUAACCCUGCUCCUUAGGCAGGCACCAUGGGAGAGAUUCUUCCACCAAAGUUGGUUCCCCAAGAUCCACAUGAAUCCAUAUGGGGGCAGGGGAGAGACUCCUGCAAAUUGUCUUCUGAACUCCAUGCGUACACACACAAGUAUAAUAAAUAAAUGUAAUUUUAAAAA